GGAUCAGCCGAGCUACUUAUCACGAACCCAAAAAAAAAAAUUAAAAGUCUGUCUGAAUUUUGUCUGUCCAAAUCCAUUGCUUUUUGCAUUGGUUCCAUGUGCAUUCCUCCUCCUCGGCCCCUGGAUCCCUUACCCUGGUUCACCGGUAGUGCCCCCCCGGGUCUUGGACGUGCCUUCUACUCCUGCGGCGGAUGACUUGUCUCCUAAAUGCACCAGGUUUCAGAAUCGUACGCUCCCGCUACAUUAGGUUCCAGUCUUAAAAUUGCCCGGGAACUCACCACCCGGGAUCGGACAUUCAACUUUCACAUUCACAUUCACACAUUCAUUCGGAAACCAGAACAAACAUUUCUCACUUCUGGGGACGGAAUGCUUUUCAAUACGAUCAAACCCACCGUGCAUCAUGUGCCUACAGCAGCACGGGACGAGGACCACUACGACGAGGUGGACCAGCGGAAGACAGGGAUGAAGCAGGGUCGUGUAGCCUGUUCAAAAACGUACCCACCCCAGAAUUUUCAAACGUACCCACACCCCGUAACUUCUCUGUGCUUUAAUUUGGGCUUUUCCAGUACAUAAACACCCCAGAAUGUUCACACGCGUCUUGCUUGUCCAGUAAGUUCCCUCUCGGGUUGUAGUUGCUGCUGACCGUGACCUUGAGAUGAAAUAUCGAUGUCUAGUGGUGUUCCUGUAAGGGCAGAGGAAUUCAUUGUGCUGACUUUCAGACAUAAGUACAAAUCACCGACGUCAUUCUAAUCAGGGUACUUGAGAUAGUGAAGCGCUGAUGCGGCUCUGAUAGCUAACGACAGUCACACUGCGUGUCCAUUAUAAACUCGGCCUUCGGGGUUUGUAAAAUUCGAUUGGUCGUGUUUGACCACCAGCACAAGUCGCAUUUUGAGUCAGGGGGUGGGGACGCUUGUCCAGAGAAUACGGGGCCACGAAAAGGGUUGUCGAGAUACCUUUCGACGCGGAGUCCAGAGAGGAGGGGGCGGCCGCGGACGCGACUGGAAGUGGUGCAGACGACGCUGCAAGAGCACGAAGGGAUGCAGCAUUCGUACAAACGCGCCCAGCACCACUGCGUCAGCUGUGGGCGAGACUCCGACGCAGAAAGGAUCAGACUACUGUGGGCGAGACUCCGACGCAGAAAGAAUCAGCUGUGGGCGAGACUCCGACGGAGAAAGAAUCAGCUGUGGGCGAGACUCCGACGCAGAAGACGAGUAGCGAGAGGACAGAGCCUGCGGCGGCCCCCAUCGAGCCCACUUCUGGCCGCGCAAAGACGUCGCUGCGGAAGAAGAAGAGCAAGUCGCAGGUUCUCGCAGUGGGCGCGACGGAGCGAUCUCGCAGAUGGUUUUCAGGGGACAGGCUGCGCAGACUGGGCAAAACGCUGCAAAGGAUGCUUGGUCAUGGUGCUCUCGGUGGCCCAGUCACGUCAACGGGUGGAGACCCUAACGUACACAGCGCCGGCGGGACAGGGGUGCAUUCUGUUUCAGAGGACAAGUGUAUCCUUCGCCAAAGUAUUCUACUGCCGUAAGUUUGAAUCUUGUAUGGUGGCAAUCCUGCUUUUCUAGGUCGUGUUGCGAAAAGACAAAUUUGAUCUACUUCCUUUUGAAAACAAUUGCCAUGCAAGCACCUAUCUACUAGUGCGAUGCUUUUGCAAUGCAUAGAACUGCGUGUGACGGAAUUCAUUCAGAAAACGAGGGCACGCACGGGUAAAGGGCACCACUGGUCGUGUCAUCCCACCAGGAGGGGUACUGGUGUGUCAUCCCACCAGCAGAAAUCUUGUGACUUACGCUUCUACGGCGCGAAUGCAGGAGCCUAUGACAGCGUCAGGUUGGAAGUCGUCAGAAUGGGAUAGUGUGCGAUGCAUAAAAUGCGACUCGCCAUCAAGUGCGUGUCUUGCUGAGCAGGCAAGCAAGGUCGAUUAUAAGCGUGUUCUGCAAGGGCCGCGAAGGGGCAGCACGACAGGAGGAGGCUUCUUAGUCCAAAAUAGUGCGGCGGACUGGAGGAUCCGGGUCCAGGUGCUCUAAAAGCUUGUCUUGCGCUGCCACGAAAAAAUGUGAGGCGUAUUGAUUUUUAUGCAUGGUUGUCAGUUCACAAUUCCAUUUUGAGUUUGACGAUUGCUAAGCUGGCGCUACCAUAAUGCCCGUCGUCCAGUGCACUUGCACACGGUGUUCGGCGACGACACGUGCUGUGUCCACCGCGACGAUAAGAAUAUGACAGGCAUAUCCUCAACCUUAUCCUUACCCAAGAGGCUUGAAAUUUCUGGAGGGAUUGGAAGAAUUUCAACUCGUAAGUGUUAAACAGAACUAGAUAUUUUUGCUUCAGUUGAAAUAAGCCGCAGUUUUUUCAUGAAGUAAUUCAGCAGUAAACCGAAGCUGGAGCUGCUAAAAAGAGCACUUUUUUCAUGAUGAGACUGCAGCCAUACCGCCUGCUGUUCCGCUGGUCGGUUAUGCGUUGAGCGGGGGCGGGCGCUUGUGCGUUGAAGGCCUCGGCUUCUUUUCUCUUUUCCAUCGAAACGAGCCCGGAGAUGCACUAUGUCUAACUUUGCGCCUACCGCAGUAUCAAGUGAUCCUCUGUGAAUUCACUCGGUGCAUUCAGGUGAGACAUCUUUGGCGAAGCAGAUGUUUUUGAUGCGGAUCUAUGCUGAGAAGAAAGCAGUUGUUCUUUCUUGGGUAAGGUUGUAUUCCUCUCAUAGAGCAGAUGAAGAAGCCUGUUUGCGAGUUGAAGCCGGUUUGCGCUGAAAGGAACUUCGUGAAAGCUCUGGAAGUGGCACGUGACAGAAUCCUGCUGCCACCGUGGAGGUGCGAAGUGAAGGUAGGAAAAUCCGGGGAGCAAAUCUCCGGACAGCCGCAGUGUCGCUUGGUGCAGUACCAUGAGGACAAGGUUGACACAAAACCAAUAUUUGAGGAAGCCCUAUCAACUGCGAAUUUCGAUAGCGUGGUCCUGCAGGGUGAAAGAAAAUGCUUUCGCUGAUAAAGAGUAAUUUUGAAGCUGCAGAUCACGAAAAUAAGUACUUACCACAAGUAUCUUCGAUCUUCUUGCAGGUACUUUUUGUAUCAGGGCGAGCAUCGACAACUCUUGCAUUCUCGUAUUUAGCGAAUGAAAUGAAACAUCUUUCCCCCCUGAGCGACGUUGUCCAAGAUUCUGUAUCUUUUGUUGCAAUCUGAACUGUCUCUGAGUUCGGCUGUGAUGCAGAACAAAACGACCCCUGGGCUUUCAUGCGCGUCGGCAUGCGCAGGAUGUCCUUCUUGCGCGGCCCCAUGAGAGGCGCUCCGUCCUGGUUUUUGGGACGAUUCGGGAUGCUUUUAUCGGUCUUGGGUACUAUGAUCAAGAACGAUAUACCCAGCAUCGGCAAUUCGAAUUUUUUGCGGCCCAGCGACUAGGGUUGAACUCGCUUGAAUUCAUGGCCCCCGGCUGAAAUAGAGCCGAGGACCAUGCGUCUGGUAUGACUUGCCAGGACGUGCUGCACCCUGAGAGCACAAGCCCCUCUACCCUACCAUACAACGAUCACGCUUCAAACAAGAGAGCGCUUUAUUAGAUGACGUUGAUGUGAUGUUCUUUUGAGGAACAUGACAACUGACUGAAACGGCCAUACCACCCAAGACAAUAGAGAUCAGACCGGGCCAGACAAGUCAAACUUUUUCUCUGAUCACGCCCCCGCAUUUGCUUUGCAUAAGCCUCCAGGAGCUGCUGUAAAUAUCGUCCCGAUCAUGUUGAAGCAGGUGCAACUGAAGGUGAAGGCCUGUGCUACCUGCAGGAACGGUGCUGGCUGAACAACUACGAGGGGGCGCGGGCUGAGCAAGGGCGUCAGCAGCCUUCUACAUCACCGGUUCCAAGUAUGGCCUCCGAGUGGGUCUGCGGGAAAGUAGGAAACUCCGGCGAUUCCUGCGGUCUUUCGCUGCACAAGCAAGCGCCGAGUGGGGGUUCUUCGUCUUCCCGCGGGACGGCGGACAGGCGCGGAAGCUCGGUGAUGAACGCGGUGCGGAAUGCGUUGGGACGGUCCGGCACGCAGAGGGACGGCACAGACGGCCCUUGUUGCCAGAAAAGCGAUGUGGUAUGCAAUGCAAAACGUAUGGCUCUGGAUUCUCUGCGGUCUGGAUUGUUCAUCAUGCUGUGCCUGUGUAUGCAACAGAGGCCUUGAAGAUCUAUUGGAGGGCAGCAUUCAGAUUGACAAGAAACAAAAACAUCUAAGUACUCAAUCAUAAUUUGUGCAUGACCUGCAGAAAGUGUGAAGUUUGUAUUUUGCGUGCUCGUCGCAGAUGAUGUUUUUUCCUUGCGUAUGUUGCAGAGAGCCCAGAAUUAUUUGCCUUUGAACACAGACGGGCACGCCAGGUGGCGAGCAGAAGUGUUUCGUAUGGCAUGCUAAAGCCACUUGCUGGCUUCUAAAGCAGUUGUGCUUGCUCUGCAUUUUCUUGGAAGCAAGAGAGGUUCUCGGAGAUCUCUGUCUACACCUGCGCUCGGUUAUUUGUGUUUACAGAGCCUAGAACAAGAAAGCAUGUUGAUGUAAAGGACCUGAAGGCAAUGUGUGCUCUGGGCAAGUGAUACGAAAUACGUGAUUCUUGUAAAGUGGAUGACUUCGAAGAGGCACGCGCCGAAGCGGCGCUCUCCCUCUACCUCAGUAGUGUGCCUGCCUGGGAUUGCGUGGUCGUACCAAAGACGCGUACCUGCACCCUCCGCUAUUUGAACAUGAAUUCUGUAGCCGAACACACUAUUCCGAAGGAGCACAGCUGCUGUGAAUUCCAUCCGGCACCCACGGGAGGGACGCGCGGGUCUUGUUCGCUCCGUCCGGCGUGCAGGAAGAAUGACUAUCGUUGUGCCAGACAGGUCGCGAUUUGGCACUUCGACGGGUUGGGUCGCAAGUGGUGGAAAUCUGGGAUGGCCGAGCUGCUGCGAGAAAAUCGAAAGCAAAAAGAAGACAAACUGCUCGCAGUGGACCAUAAGCACCAUAUGGAAGCGUCAGCAGGGCCGAAAUCGACAAAGUUCAGAAAAUUUGUACUGCAUAAAAUCGAUACCAGGUGGGCCCACAGUUUCUAGUCGGCGCAUGACAAAUUUUCUUUGCCUCUCAAGCAAGUCUAUCAUGCUGCUUAGGGCCAAAGGGCUCCCCUCCGUCAUGCUAAUCAGCAGCCCAAUUCUCGACCCUUGCCAGCACUACAAUCUGCCUCCCUUGCGUCCUCUGCAGUAGACGCAGUUUUUGCGUUGCAUCUUAUGCAUGACAAACUUUUUUGACUUUGGCGAUUUCGAUCCUGACACUCCCAUACGUCCUGACGAGUGCAACAAGUUCCGGCCUACUGCUACGAGUGAGACGGGCAGGCGCGCUAUCGAUAUCAGGCAGAAAAAUCUAGCAUGCAAAUGAUGCGCAUUUCGCGCAUUUGUGUAGGUAAAAAUGAAAACUAAAGUUCAGAAACAUUACAACCAUCCAGCCGCAAGCUGUUCAGCGCCCGCCAGGUCUUAACCGACGCUAGACAGAUACUUCGACUUCUGUGUUCGGUUUUUUGAAUGCCAAUCAAAAGAAGUAAUGUCGUGCUAGGUUUUUUCCAUGUGAUGGAGGACCGCGUCGAGCCGAAAUCUUUGUCGAGCCGGGGUGAAGACAGUCGUGCACCGACCGUUUUGGACGAGCCUGGUAAGUGGAUCCAUUUUUUUUCCCGGCCUCCCGCAAUGCAGACGAAGCUAAGUAGCCUUCCGCUUGGUUGCAUUCGUAUAGAUGGCGAUGGAUAAAAGUGGUUUACUAAGUUUAACUUAAUCUAUAUACUAUAGGGGCAAGAUAUGUAUUUGUUCCUCCCAAAGCUUCUGAAGGUUUGACCUUCUGAAGACCUUCUGACGCUCAAAACUUGAUUUUUGAGCUUCAGAAGGUCAAAAAAAAUAGUCGUCUACUUUUCAUGUUAAAAAACGCGGAAUUAGCUCUCGUAAAUCAAAUUCUGGCUCAUUUUUUACAUCCUUCAGAAGGUCCAACCUUCUGAAGGUUUUUUUUCACCUUCUGAAGAAUUUUCUCGAUUUUUCGACAAAAAAACCUUCAGAAGGCCAAAAAAUGACUUUAGAAAAGCCUCAGAAGGUAGGCAUUCUUCUGAAGGUUUGCUUCGUUUCAUGAAAUUGCAAACCUUCAGAAGGUUGCGAGUUUUUACACGCAAAAAAUGAACAAAAGUCGAAACACCUACAAAAACCUUCAGAAGACGAAAAAUCUUCUGAAGGUUUUUCACAAAUUGUCUCGUUUUUAAAAAAAUGCAAAAAUCUAAACUCGCACACCUUCAGAAGAAUUUGACUUCUCAUUCUUCUGAAGGUGGACCUUCUGAAGACUCUCCAGAAGAUAUUGCACAAAUUGGCUUUUUUGAUGUGCGCGAAACUGUUUACUCGACUAAAAAAGGCCUCUUUUGUGACAGCCAUUGUUCAAAAAAUGAAACAAACCUUCAGAAGCUCUUCAGAAGCUUCGUCGCUGUUUGCAUUUUGAAUGCGCAGUUGCUUUUUUUCCAGCGCAGACGACAAAAAUGCAAAACACUUAAGCCAGCUUUUUUUUCAUGGCUCGGAACCUCCCGAUAGAAUAGCUCGGCGGAAAAUUUUCAAUGCUCUUAUUGGGGGAAGAUUUUCGCUUUCGGGCCUUCGGCCGCGUCCGACCGACGCAGCUACUCGACGAGGAACCGCUACGCCGCAUCAGUCUGGCGAUGGAAAGGCAACAAGUUGGAAAAAAAAAGCGAAAGAAGUAAGAUGCUCUCGAUGAGAUCUCAGUGAGAUUUCAGCGAGUCUCGCUUUAGAAAAAGUGAGAUCUCAGCGAGAUCUUACUUCCUAAGAAGUCUCACGGUCCGAAUCACUUCUCCGAGACGGCCAAAAAGUGAGACUUUGAAAAAAGUAAGAUCUCGCUGAGAUCUCACUUUCUGAGACAUCGCACUUUUGGGCCGCCAAGCGAGAUUUUGAACAAAGUGAGAGCUCCCUGAGAUUUUCUGAGAAGUCUCACCUUUGGGCCGCCCGAAAGUGAAAUUUUUAAAAAAGUUGUGAGAUCUCACUCCUUUUCCGGUGUGGCAGUGAACAAGUUCUUUUUUCUUUCAUAACCCACGGGAAGAACAAAUACAAUGCUUGCCCCGCGACGCAGUCGCGGGGAGUGGUUCUUAUUUACUCAUGUAAAAUGUGACGAUGUUGCUGCGUUUGUGUUUGUGCAAAGUGGUUAUCUACUUGAUGAAACAGUUUCAGAUAGAAGAAAUAGCACGAUCUACUAGUUUUUCGUACGUACUAUGUAAGGUGACCACGCUGAGGACAUUCCCGCGGGACCUUCCACGCAAAAUGCGCUGCGCCAUGCCACUCAUCAAAAGAAGGUGCUUGACAGCGACAACGAGGGCCGUGGUGAAGACAGUCGUGCUUUGGACGAGCCUGGUAAGUGGAUCCAUUUUUUUUCCCGCAUCGCAGACGAAGCUAAGCUGUUGCUUUUUGUUUGGCAUUCGUGUACUAGGUGGCGAAGGAUAAAAGUGGUUUGCUAUAGUUUAAUCAUGUAAAAUGUGGCGAUGUUGCUGCCGCUGCGUUUGUGUUUGUGCAAAGUCGUUAUGUAUCUGACGAAACAGUUUCUGAUAGAGUCAACAUGUAAAAGAAAUAGCACGAUCUACUACUAUUUCGUACGUAUGUAAGGUGAAGACGCUGAAGACAUGUCCGAGGGACCUUCCGUGCGAAAUCCACAUGCCUCUCAUCAAAAGAAGCUGUUGGACAGCGAUAACAAGGGGCUAUCCAAAGGAAAAGAAUACCAUCGAACUGUACAAGUAGAUAUGGUUCCAUGUUCCUGGCUCUGCAGGACCAGGAGUUGAGCACUUCCGCAGGCCCUUCGCUAUGUAUUCUUCGACGUGCUGCCGCGGAACUUUUGGUGAUUAGGACGAGUACUAACUGUAUUGCGUCCGCACCACUAAUGUUGGAGCCUUUGUAUCUUUGUUCAGGUAAUAAAUGUAUGAAAGCAAUAAAAGAUGACUAUGAGUGAUUGCGUCUGUUAACAAGGCCAGCUGUGCUCGGGUUGGGUGGUCCUCUAUUUGCCUGGGAUACGAGACGCUGCCGCUUGCUGGAGCCGCUUCGCGCAGUGCUGCUCCGCGCAUCGCUCCUGCGCCGACGCCCUCGGCUUCUUCCGGACUCUAUCUCAGCGGAGCUUGUCACUCAUCUAUAUUUGAAUUGUCGUCUUAUUUCCACUAUCACGAACUUGCUGAUGCGGAAAAGCAGAAAGGACUACAAACAUGCAGGGAUGUUGCUAAGUCACUGUUGAAUUGAAAACGCAGUAGUUUAUAUGCGAGAGUUAAGUACAAGCUCAGUGACAAAAAAAGAAGAAGGCAGCCUUGGUGCUGCUUGUCGUGGGGUGCUAUGCAGUUACUUGAGUUAUGUAUUACAAGGAAAAGUGCCCCACUCCCGGAAGUUGGAAACUUUUCUGAUGCAAAGUGUCCAAAUGGAACCCUUGUGUCUUGCAUGAAAGGACUUGACUCAUAUUAAUCGCCCGGCUAUUGUCGGGCUCUUUCGCAACACACAUUUUUGCUAUUCAGCGUUGAAGAUCUGUCAUGCUGCUACAUGCAAGAUGCGGAGCGUUUCCAUGUGGGGGGGGGGGGCUUCGCAAUGCAAAUGCUUCCAAGUUCUGGGGUAGGGGCACUCUUCGAUACUGAUGCGAACGGUGACACUGUUUCGCUUUGACGAGGAAUCCAGGGAUCUAGUGUCUGGCGGCUUGCAGGUUGCGGGGAAUGUGGCAACUGCCGACCCAGAUGGGAAACUUCUGCAAGGAGCGGUUCAUGCGCUUGGUGUUGGUGGUUACAUUCUUGGGUGUAUGAUUUGUCAGUGUUGUAGUAACUAGACCAACAAGAAGAGCAAACACAUGACAGGGCUUCGUUCUCGCCAAGCGAAGAGGGGGGUACAUUACACAGAUAAAAUUUAGGGAGGGAUUUCUUUCAUUCCGGACUACAGCCUCCAAAAGCAAGAAUCAUAAAGUGCGAUUUAAUGGAGAUUUGAAUUUUUGUCAGAGGGGCACACGCACCAGAAGCAGCGUUUUCCAAAAGUGCACGCACAAUUAUCUGAUUUUCUUUACAAAAGGUGCAGCAACUGCUGCCUCACAUAGAAACCGAAGUAGCGGUAGUGUCACACGAACCGAGACUGACAGAAGGAAGGAGUCGGACAAUAAGCAUUUUUCUUCUGAAGGAUCGAACGCUGCUGCGUAAGGAAAACAAAGUAACAAUCGAGGCUGCUUGGCCGAUGUUGUACGUACCGUGUCACUCAGGUGGGCCGACAGUUGCAAGCAGCGAACCUCUCCCGCAAGCUCGCGCGCAUUUAUGUCCCUCCACCAUCGCGAUGGCAGUACUUCGAUCUUUCUUGUCUCGCAAUUGAUGAGAGCGAGCAAGAACAGAUCAAGGAGUACUACACAAUUACGUCCUGCCAGUGAUUCGUUUUCGGUUUCGCCCUGCUGUGCGUGUCUUUACAAUUUUUGAACACAUAUCUAUGAAAAUGAUGACCGAUGGCGG